AGUGAUGGAUGGCAUUUGACGAGCGUCGAUGGAGGCUGAGGCAUGGCUCUGAAGCGAUGGGCGGUGCGGCAAAUCUCCGGGCUGCUGUCAGAUUAUUUAGAGGGUAUCACCGAGCAGAACUUGCAGGCCUCUCUGAGCCUGGAGGUGGGUGAGGUGGAGAUCCGGCACGUGCGGGUCCACUCGGAGCUUCUGGGCUCUUUGCAGCUGUUGAGCUCCGACGUCUCGGUCUCGGCCCGGAUCCCAUGGCGGAAUCUGGGCUCUGAGCCCACGGUGAUCACCGUGCAGAAUGUCUGGGUAGAGGUUCAGGCGGCCAAAGGAGACGAGCAGACCGCCCGGGAGGAGCUCCGGCGCUGGCGGGCCCGGAAGCGCAGGAGCGUGGAGGCGCAGGUGGAGCGAGCCAGGGCUCAAGCAGAGGAGGAGCCGCGGCGGGGUGUGGCGGCGCGGUUCGGGCACGCGGCGCUACGGCAGCUGCAGGUCCGGGUGGAGGGUUUAAAGGCCCGGGUGCACCCCGAGGCGGCCUCUUCCAUGGACCUCUCCAUCACGCGCCUGGCGCUGGACGAAGGCUGCGGUGACGACUCCGUGCCCGCGGAGGUGCGGCGCCACGUGGCGUCCCUGGAUAAGGUGCUGGAGCUCGUAGGGCUCAGCUGCCACCUGUGCAGACGAGAGGCGGACAGCGAGCAUUGGUCCGCCCUGCGCCGGGCGCUGGAGGAGAAGCAGCGGCGCUUGGAGAGCUCCGCCGGGAGCGACGGCCUGGCGGCAGAGGUGGUGGAGAUCAAGGGUGCCCUGAUGCAGACAAAGAAGGCCUGUCCCCUCAUGGGCCCUCUGUCCCUGGAUGCCCGUCUCUGGCAUUCGCGGGCAGGAGGCGUUUUGUGGCUACAGACCGAGCUGCAAGUGGCACCCAGCAUCGCCGCUUUAUGCCUUUCGCCUUCCAACAUGGAGUAUAUCAGCAACAUCUGGAAUUGGUAUACUGAACACUUUUCUCGGCCUCGACUGCGACAUGAUGAGCAAGUCCCCACGUGCUCGGGCCCGGACUAUGCGGAGCUUUGCGUGCGCCGUGCCAGAGGUGAGGAGCAAGAGGGGGAUCAGCAACGCUUGGAGGAGAUCGAGGAUCUGGCGCCCGUCGAGUGGCUCGCACGAUGGCAGAAGAGUGUCGAGGCGCCCGAGGCCCAGCCAAGGGGCCGCCGCUGGCUGCGCCCAUGGAGGCAAGUGCCUGAGGAGGAUGAUAUCGAGGACAUCGUGGAGGAAGCUGGGAAGCAAAGCUUCUUCGAGGAGGUGGAGGGGCCGCGAAGGCUGGAGCUGCGCGUGGUAAUCCCCACCUGCCGCAUCCUCUCGUUGGAGGCGGACGCGCAAAGCGCUCACGACCUGCGCCUCGAGGGGGGCGUUCAGGGCCAGCUGUCUCUCAGCACCGCGCGGGAAGGCGCUAUGAGGGACUUUAUGAAGGCGGCCUGGGACGCAGAUGUCUCCGCAAAGCUGUCCUCCAUCGCCGUUUUGUUGGGCGACGAGCCGCUGAUGCUACUGAGACAUUCCAACAACGAGCAACCUCCGUCCCCGCCCAAGAGGCAGGCUUCCCAGGACGACGAGGAUGAGUUUUUCGAUGUUGAGAGUGAUGUGGAGGAUGAGGAGGUCUGGAACGCGACGGAAAGCGCAGCUGUCAACCUCCUGAUACGCUGCGCUCGUUUCGGCGGAUCUACCGCUUCGGGCGGCGCUGCUUUGCCCUGGGAUUUUCGAGUUCGCCUGAAGCAGGAGCCCUUUCGAUUUCUGUUGGCGCCGCAGACGACGCAUAGCGCCUUGAAUCUUGUCCUGUCGGUGAUUCGCGCCGCGACCCUGACAAGGGUGCCAGCGCAGAAAGUGCUGACGGAUCCGCAUUCCCCCAUGGCCGCACAGGAGGAGGAGUUCGAGGCCAUUGCUCUGGACCUGGACCUAGAUGUGGCGGCCCCCGUCUUCCGCUGGGACCUGUCGGAGGGCCACGUCACUGUAGCCCUGGGGCGCCUGGUCUUCCGCAGCAGCCAAGCGCCGCCCCCGCAGCAGCUGUCCCCGCCAGAGAGGUGCGACUGGCGGAAGUUUGCCUGCUUCUGCCAGCUCACGGAAACCAGCAUCACAGUGGGGGAGAAGUCUGUGGAAUGUCGGGUCUACGAGCCAAGCACAAUGAGCUUAAGAGCCUGGCGGGAGGCUGAUAGCUGGCACUGGACCUUGGACAGCCAGGCAGUGCGAUGGGUGAUCGACCCACUCUUCAUGCAAGUCACGGGCCAGCUGCCAGUGAGCUUUGACUAUGCGAUCAGCCCCUUGCGCGACGUGCUGUCGGAUACCGUCCCAAUCUCCGGCGAUGCGCGGAGCGACGAGGUGCCGACAGCUGACGUCACCGUCGAGCAAGUGACAGAGUCCGCGAAGCCAAAGACUCACUUCAAACUGGCCAUCGCUAGCACUGAGUUUGUGCUCUGUCCCGCUGCUGGACAGAAGGUCUCCCUAUCACUGGAUGGCAUCAGCGCUCAGUAUUGCGGCUAUGAAGGGCGUCACGAUGUCCAGGGCGAGGUCGCUUCGUGCCACCUCAGCUGCGACAGCGUGGUGUUGGUCUCCUUCACCCGCGGGGCUUCUUUGGAGGCCAAGAGCGCCCAGGACGUGCACGUCAAAGCGGGCAGCACCCUCAUCGCGGUGCAGUGGUACGAGCGCUACAUCCGCCUGGCGAUGCUCGCGGUGGACGAGGCUUCCAAGGCCUUGGCGGCGGGCCACGAAGUGUCGCAGCGCCUGCUGCCCCCGGUGGACGCGGGCAUCUUCGCGCAGCUUUGGGGGCGCUAUGUGAUCCGACCCAUCCAGGCGCGGGUGAAGGAGCGGGCGGCUCGGCGGCUCAAGGAGCUGCUGCCGGGGGUAGAGGAGGACGCCACAGUCGAGGAGGAGAACCCGCAGCCUCGCGGUCGGUGCUCAGUCGAGGUGAACCUUUUCUACGAGGGUCUCACGGUGUCCUUCCCCGGUGCCGCCGAGAAGGCGCCGGUGCUGCAGCUCGGCGUCAGCGGCGCGGAGUGUCAAAUCCAGGGCUUUCAGUCGGGUGACGCUGUGGUGGCAGUGUCCUUGGUGGCGGUGAAUCUGGAACUGGACGGGCGCAGGCUACUUACGCCCCGGAGGGGGGACAAGCUGCUGCGGGUGCGCAUUUUUCGGCGGGCCUUGGGGGAGCACUCAGCCAUCCAGUGGACGGCAUCAUGGGCACAGAUCUGCAUCCUCUUUCGGCAGCGCGACUAUGAUCGCCUGGUGGCACAUGUCACCGCAGCUGUGCAGGACGCGAUGCCAUCGCGAAAGAAGGCGGAAGUUGCGAAUGUCUCGGUGACUGACACUGGCGGUCAGAGCGAGGAGUCAGUGGCCCGGUCAGGGGCAAAGUUCCGCCUGGACAUUGGGGCGCCGCUGGUUUUUCUCCCCACGGAUGGGCGUUGCCUGUCGACUUCUCGGCUACCGGCUACCGGUGCCCAUGAGGGUGGCCAGCUGGAGAUCGACCAAGGGGAGCCUACCUUCCGGCCUUUGGAAGGCGAGGGCUGCCUCGUGCUGGACUUUGGUCAUGUGGCGGCGCGCGGUGGAGGCAGCAGCGAGGAUGUGCAGCUGCAGCUGCGGGGUGCGCAAGUUCUGGGAGUGACCAGCAACUCGAGACAGGAGGUGCUGUGGCCAGUGAGCAUGCAAGCAGUGUUGCAGAUGCCCAAAGACGGCCCGGUGGAGUUCCAUGCGGUGUCCAUGGAGGCGGAUGGCGGUGGCGCAGUUGAUCAUCACAUGUCCCUGAGUCGGGCCAACCUCACCUUGAUCCUGGACGUCUUGGCCGAGAAUGUGUGCUACGCGGGGAGAUCCGGCCACGUGGGGACCUCCCUUCUGCCCCAGCCGACUACACAAAACCAGAAGCGGAGGAGUGGAUUCUGCUUCUCUUGGAGGUGGCCAGGUGAGCUGAUCUUUGACGUAUCUUUCACCGAGACGGUGCCACUGGGGCGGUUGAGGCUCAGAGGAGGAAUGCUGGGAUUCAGCAGCAUGCCCACAGGGACCAUGUACCAACUGCACAGCUCCUCCAUGACGGCGAUCGAUGUGCGAACACGCUCCCGCAAUCGCGUGAAGACCUUGCUGGAAUGUGCUGAAGGAGAUGCAGCAGAUGGUUUGGGAUUUCGGGUGGAUGUAAACGUGCCAAUGGAUGCUGACACAGUGGCGGUCAUCCAACUGCAAAAACCUGCCAUGCACGUGCUGCCUCAGCUCGUGAUGGAUUUGGUGACAGCUGGGCUGUCAUCAUGGCAACACUGCACCUUCCGCAACGAUCGCGCGGCUUUGUUGGCCCAGCUGAGCAUUUCCGGCCCGGGCAAGGCCGAGCCAGAGAAGCCAGACAAGCGGGGCACCCGCGUGCAGGUGAACUUCCUGGAUGGAACCUUCCGCAUCGCGGAGAAGUGGGCGGAACCCACGGAGCACUUCGAGUUCGCCGGCAGCUUCCUGAUCCACAUCUUCGUGAACAUGGAGGGUAUCCGCAUUGAGCGGUUUGACCUGGAAGGCGGAGCUUUGAGGCUGAGAUCUGCCAAGCGCAGCACCACCACAUUGUGCCCCUGUUUGGAGUGGUUGGUCCGUGGUGACCAGCGACGAGUAGACGACUUUGCCCGCAUGAAGCGUCACACCACCUACGAUCUGCGCUCUGUGAUCGUGCCACCCUACGCUAUCCGUAUGUCCGCCAGGGACCACAGGGCCAUGGUCAAUGCGUUUCUGGAGUUUCUCAGCAUGGAUGCGGAGUCUGCAGAGCCUGACUGCGAGACCAGGAGCCGGGACCCUUUGGUGCUGCAGCUGGUGGAGAACCGCCUGACUCUCGUGGCGGAGGUGGCUAUUGAAGGGGCCGAGGUGCAGGUCAUGGGUGAGGAAGGCGGCAAUGAGUGGCCGGGGCUUUGUGCCAACGCCAGAUGCCAGCUCCUGCAGGUUACUGUGGACAAUCGCCAGGGUUCCACCCCGACCAUCAACAUCUUCGGCCGGGAGCUGGAGAUCGACAUUAGCGCCAGAAAUCACCGACUUGGGGUCUGGGAGCCUGUCCUCUCCCGGUGCAGUCUCCGAUUCUCCUACCACAUGCAGCGCAAGCCAGACGGAGGGCCGCAGGAUGUGGUCGUGCGUGGGGACGUUGCCGCCAUAAAGCCGGUGAAGGUCAUCAUCAGCGCCCCCUUCGUUCAUUUGGCCAACCGGGUGUUCAAAGAGAGCUCCGAAGCGCUGCAGUAUGGCCACCUUUUCUCUGCUGUGAACAUUUCCGGCCUCACUUGCCAGGUCAGUGUGGACGAUGCCGAGAGCCUUAUCUUGCCUUCUUCCGCCAAGGCGCAGCCGUUGGAUGGCCUGCUGAAGGGUCGGGGCCGCGCGGCCAUCGGGGCCACGCCCUCCUUGGUGCUUCGUUUGCUGGACGAAGAGGCAGAGGAGUGCCGUCUGCUCUACGGCCGGGAGGCUGAUCAGCCCUGGGAUACAAAGACUGCUGGAGUCCUCAUGUGCCGCCUGGUGAUGCCAAGACCUCCGCAACUGAUCUUGAUCAUCACUUCCACCGUCUGCGUGUGGAACCGCUCGCCGGCAGACCUGGAGGUCCGCUUCCUGAGCGCCUCUGAGGACAUGGCGCCUGUGCUGCCGACGGCGCAGCACUGCACCGACGCCCGCAUCUUCGACCGCGGGGACGGCGACGCGGUCCCCGCGGGCGACGCAGGCGGCGAAGCGCCGGACGGUGAGGCGGUGGACGGCGCGGAGGGCGUGCUGCAGCUCAAGGCAGGGCAGCUGCUGAGCGCGCCCUUGGCUGCGCAGCUGCGCAUGGGCCAGUCGAUCCUGCAGGUACGUCCGGCCACCGGAGUGCGGUACAAGUGGUCAGAGCCCUUCUUCUCGGUCCCCACAAAUGCUGACACGACCAUUUGUGCGUCACCGCCGGACGACAUGGAGGAAGUCCUGCCAAAGAAUUGGCUUCACCUUACCCAGAGAUGCGGAGGCAGCCCUGCUGAUCCUCAGAUUGGCGGAUGGAGUCACGUGGAGGUGCAGGCACCCUUUACGGUGAUCAACGCCUGCCCCUGCGACGUGCUGUGCCAGUUCAACCCUCGAGUGACUAAGAGACUGAUGGGCAAAGAGAAGGAGAGGCUGCCGGUGGAAACUAGCAACAUCGAGCUGGUGGUGGACAACGGCUUCGGUGGAGAGAUCCUGAUUCCCAACAACGGCCAGGCUGAGGUAAUGCCGCUCCGACUGGAUGAGGAGGGCUAUUUCCGGUGGCUUUGCAAUGGCAGGGAGGGUCGCAGCAGGCCUCGUUGGCGCCUGAACGCGCUUCUGGUGGUGCUGAAUUCCAAGCGGGGAGAAGUGGAGUGGCACUGCAUCCAGGCAGUCAUGCCCGCUUCCACGGACUCGCGGCUGCAGCUUCGCAUCCCUCCGCAGAACAUGCUCCCGGCCUUCGAGUUUCUGGCCGAGGACCUCACCAUCUCCCUGGCCGUGCGGGACCAGCAGGGCCACGCCAGCUCGUGGUCGUUGCCCCUGAAGGCGGUGAUCUCCGGUCCUUCCACCGAGGUGGUUCAGCUGGAGUUCAAGGGCAUGUGGAUCACCCUGAACGCGCUGCGGAACCAGCGAGAGUUGGUGAUCUACAACCGCUGGUGGUUCGUGAACUCUACGGGUCUGGACGUGCGGCUGCUGCAGCCGGGGGGGCCUGGGCCCAUGCAUCCUGUGGCCUCCUUCAGCAACAAGGUGUCCCUGCUGCCGGAGAUCCAAAACGAAGCCGUGGACGGCGUGGCCUUUGUUGGCCUGCGCUCCCAUGCACCGGUGGAGGUGAGGGUGCCGGACGUGAACGGAGCGGUGCCUGUGUCGGUGACAGCGCUCCACCCCUGCUGCCUCAGGACGGAGGCAGUGACGCUGCCUGAGGCCAUGAGGGGGGUGCCCAGCUGUUUGGUAAGCCUGGUGCCAGCCAUGAUGGUCUUCAACCACACUGAGCUGGAGAUCGGCUUCCGGCAGUACAACUGCCCCUCGGAGACAGCUUUGUGGGUGAGCUCGGGCCUGAGCCGCGCCCUUUGGUGGCACAGCACCGCGGACCAGGUGAUUCAGAUGGCGGCCAGGAAGGAUGAGCACGCCAAGCGGACCUGGAGCGUGCCCUUUGAGUUGAAGGAGUCUAACAUCGGGGCUUACCCCAUGGUCCUGAAGUGCGGCCCCUCCCGCCAGCUCUUCUGCGUGUGCCUGGACUACGAUGCGGCCAGCCUGGCCGUGACAGUCAAGGACGCCUCCUUCUGCCACACGCUCACCAACAAGCAUCCUGAAUUGAAGCUGCUGGCAAGCAUGGAAGGAGUUGGAGAGGACCCACUCUACAGCUUCGAGGCAGACUUCGGGCACACCGCGGCCUUCGGGGGCCGAGGGCUGGGAAGUCGGCCCCGGCUGCGCCUGGCGGUGCAGCACUGCCUGGACCCGGCGCAGAAGGCCACGGUCAUGGUGGACCUGCAUCGCAGCGGCAUCCACCGAGUCCCCCUGUGCAGCACAGGGAACUCAGUGGCCAAAGCCAAGAGGAAAUCGACGUUGCGCGUCAGUGCCGCGGUUUCGGUGGUACUCCGCAAUCGAGUGGCCUUGGUCUCCGUGACACCCGGCAUAGACGUGGCACGACAGGGGCCCCAGAACGGGGACGAGGACAACGAGGAUUCAACUCUCAGGACGUUGACUGGCGAGUUGCGGGUGGACUCGUUGUGCAUCGCCCUGGUGGUGGAAGGGCCCUCACUUCUGUCCACCUCAGUAUGGGGGGCGGGCGCUAAUGCGGCGACGGAGGUCAAGCAGAGAAGAGAAGCCUUCACCGUGAAUCUCAGCCAAGUGCAGGUGCAGGUGUCGCAGACCCCGGACAAGAGCCGAAACGUGGACUUCCAGAUCUGGGAUGUCCAGGUAGACAUGCAGCACCCCAGACGCGAUGUGAUCCUGAAGAGCACCUCCCAGCCUGCAGUAAGAACGCAUACUCGGCGCGAUGACGUGCGCAUGUUAGAUGCCCAUCUCCGGGAAGUGCAGUUGGUGCUGGGGAAUUUGGAGGUUUCCGUGUCUGGGGCGCUCAUGGAUCAGGGGCGGAUGCUGAGGAGGAAUCUAACCCUGGGCGCUGGCCUCACCUUUGCGGAUGUGUUGGUUCGCGGGAAGGGCGCCCUCCAUCUCAGCAACCCACCGCCUGCCUCAUCCAAGCUGGUGGUGAACAAGCUGAAAGUGGGGGAUGCCAAAGUGGAUGUGUGGUGCCAGCUGCAUCUUCCAGACGCCCACUACCUGCCAAAGUCCCUGAGGGAUACCAUCCAAGUGGUCAGCCUCGGCACCUCUCGGCUGGAUGUGAAGGGCGCACAGGUCAAGCUGCCACAGCAAGUCCUGUUUGAGCAGGAUGCUGCGGAAGGCAACUUCAGCAUCGUCUUCGAAAGGGUCUGCCAACAUUAUUUGCCUCUGGUCAAAGCUUGCUGGCGAUCGCUUCUGCAGCACUCGAACAUCUUCCUGGGGGGGCUCCUGAGCCGGCACACCUGGAACCCGCGGCAGCGCCGAACUUGGCCCAGUGUCAGCCCAGUGUGCCGUAUCGGGCCCCAUGGGGAGCUGAUUCUGAACGAGUGAUGGCGGGGCAGGGCCUGGGACCUUGAGUCAAGGAGCAAUGAGAGGAAUUCUUCCUAGAGAAAUGAAAGCCUUGAAUGAGAGGAGUCCAAUUUGGCAAUAUUGGUUUCAAAAUGCCUCUGUGGUCGCUGUGAAGGGAUGUAGGCGCAGUAGCCCACACUUCUUGGCAGCCAAAGUCGUGCAUCACUUUGGUUCAAGUUGACUCACCGGUGCAUGGUGCAUGCUCG